UUUUCGUUGUUGUGUUUACAGUAAUAUUACAGAGCGCACAGGAAACAGGGAGACUAUGAGAAAGCGCAGCUGCUUCAUUCAACCACAUGGUUCCUCAACCGCACAGACAAGCUGCGCUGCAGACAGCCAGGUUCACAUAAGGGACUGCUGUUGCCCACAACGUUGAACUUUGUUAGAGCACCGCACUGAGCUGAGUGCCUCCAGACACUUGGAGGAAGAGAUGGUGCAGCAUAUGAGCCAGACAGAGAGCGCCCACGCUCACUCUCCCGGUGGGGACUCCACGGACACCGGAGAAAUGGACUUGGAGAUGGAUGCCUCUCCGAUCUCAGAAUCUCCUUCCUCCGGGGAGCGCAGCGACUUGGCGUGGUGCAAAACUCCGACGGGGCAUAUCAAGAGACCCAUGAACGCGUUCAUGGUGUGGUCGCAGAUCGAGAGGCGGAAGAUUAUGGAGCAGUCACCGGACAUGCACAACGCGGAAAUCUCCAAGCGGCUUGGGAAGCGCUGGAAGCUACUUAAAGACACAGACAAGAUCCCGUUCAUCCGCGAAGCGGAGCGGCUCAGGCUCAAGCACAUGGCCGACUACCCUGACUACAAGUACCGGCCCAGGAAGAAGGUGAAGUCGGGGAGUGGAGCGAGUAAGCAGGCAGAGCGCGGGGAGAAGAGCGGGGAGCGCAGCUCAAAAACCGGCGUGAAAAGGAGCCCCGCGUCCAAGGGAGUGAGCAGGACGCACAAGCAAGGGAGCAGCAAGAGCGCUCCGGGGCAUGACCACGCGUCUCCCGGUGACCACCAGUCGCUCUUCAAAUCUAGGUCAGUGUCCGGCGCUAGGCAAAUCCCAGAGAAGCGCACGGGAGAGGCGAGACGCGCCCACACGUUAAGCGGGACCGGUAGCUUGGAGAGUGGGCCUCCUUCCGUUGGUGUCCCGGCCAGUCCCACCUUGAGCAGCUCAGCGGAGUCCAGCGACCCGCUCAGCCUAUAUGAGGAGCAGAGCCCCGGGUCCAGCGAGUCAACACAUACCGCGCGCCUCAGGUACGCUCGCGCUUCUUCCCCAACACCGUCAGCCUCUCACUCUUCCUCUUCUGUCUCAUCCACAUCAUCAGAUGAGGAGUUUGAAGAUGAGCGGCUCGACCCAAACCCGAGUCCCGGGUUCGAGAGCAUGUCUUUGGGCGGCAUGGGCUUCUCCGACGCAGAGCUAGACCGGGACUUGGACUGGAGCUUCGGGGAGUGCGGGGCGGGAUCUCACUUCGACUUCUCCGACUACUGCACCCCGGAGGUCAGCGAGAUGAUCUCAGGAGAGUUCAUCUCCAACCUGGUGUUCACCUACUGAAGGAACCACGGCGGAGUGGCACCGUGACGCCCCCUCCCACGUUUGAACUCUUCUAAACCUCCCCCAUUCCAAGACAGGCGUGUACGUGUAUACCAGAAUAUUUCCGCAAUUCUUUCACUAAACGAGGAAGAGUGAAAACAGGAAAGAAAAGGUGGCCUGAAGCCCAGGUACGCGCCGCUGACAGACUUGGACAGCGCUUGACGGGAGCGCGCAGACUGGUGGGGGGAGAAAUGCUUAGUUUGCAUUUGGACAGAGAGGAGGAGUGAAUGUAAGCAAAGAGCGGAGAAACACACGGACUCAAACGCGAAUCCGCAGAGGAUGAGGACUGAGACUGAACUUUGAAUCUUUGAUGUUAUUCCUGGUCGAGAGAAAGUGGGACACUUGCUGGAGAGGUCAUCAUGUUUUGGGCUUCAUGUUUUAAGAUGCAACAAAUUCACACUGACCACCGAAGUUGAAGUCCAGGUGUAGAUUCUCUUUAUUUUUGAUCCCCCCUCUCCCAGGUCAACAGUUUCAGCAUCAACACGCAUGCCCUCCAUGAUGAGGAGGAUUUUUGUUGUUAUUAAAUGCGUAAAAAAUGUUCAUUUGCUGCGUAAUUACGCAUUAUGUGUGUGUGUGUGUGUGUGACCAUAGGACACAAUUCACGAUCACCAGCUUCUCUCUCAACGGCAGGACUUAAAAGACUGACUCAAAACCUUUUUUAAACACUCAGUGCACAAUUCAGGACCAACGUUCCCCGAUGCGCAUCUUUCUGCCUAGUGCUUCAACUUUCUAGUUCCUGUGUCAGUUUCUUCUUUCUUUUUUUAUAUCGAUGUAUUUAUACCGGCCAAACUUUUUAUACAUAGAAGUAUUGUUCUCGUACAGGUCUCGUUUGUGUUUGUGCACAUAACACCUGUCUGUAUCCAGCGCGGAAGGGCUAGAAGUGUCUCUUAUUUAAAAAAAAAUGUCUGACUUCUCUCACUUUUAAGGAGAUUUGAGUGUGUCAUGAUUUUCUACUUGUAUUUUUGUACAAAAUCUAUAGAAAAAAAUGGGUGGGUGGGUUUUUCUGGGGGGGGCGGUUGUUUCCUACAUGUGGAGCAGCCUACAUUGUUUGCAUCUACAUUGGUGUUUUUUAGUGCAGAGAGGGGGGUUUGUUUGGCACAAUCUGACCUCACACAGUGUUUACAGUAUUUACCCACAUGCUUCUUAAUGGCGCAGUGACUCCAGUUUCACCAGCCAAGUAAACAAAGCACCACUGAGCUCCAAGUCUUGAGUGGUGACUUGUGUUUCCACUACACACAAACCUAAAGGUUUCUGAGUGAAAGAUCCCAGAGUCUCUGUUUGAAUAGAGCUAAUACCUCUGUGUGCUUAUUGUUUUGUUGUUCUUUUUUUUUUUUUUUCGUUUUGUUUUACUUUUUUAUAUCAAGAUAAGUUUUAUUUGAACCACUGGAUGGAAUUACACACUCAUUCCACUUUGCCUAGACUUUGGAGGGAGGGAGAUGUAUGAAGUGCUUCAUCUGUUAUUGCGCAAAUUGCAUAAAAAAUAGUAUUUAACCUUUCUGUACCUGUUGGCUACGUAUAGCAGGCUAAUUGUUUUUCCUAUAUUAUGGCAUGGCAAAUAGCAUUUGUAUUUCAGAUUCAGGUAUAUGUAGCUAUAGCUGUUGUGUUUAAGAUUUUUAAAAGAAUAAUAACAUGAAGAUAUUUAUGUAAACUGACUGUACUAUAAGCAAAGAUUGUGUGUUUUUAUGUAUGAUGACGAUGAUGAUCAACGACAGGCACUAGGACAGCCAUCUUUGGACAUUCUUAUGUUAAAGAGGAUUGUGGUCCAGGAGUUUCUUUUUAUUUUUUUGUUUUUUAACUUCGACACCUUUUUUCUAUCAUCCCUUUCCCGUUUUAAUUUUCCUUUUUUCAUUCAUUUGUGCAAUAUGUUGUGUAUGAUCACGUUUUGUCCAAUCAUGCCAAUAUCAUUUGAUGUCUUUUGCUCAAAAACCAGCCAAUGUUUGGGUCAAUCACUGCCUCUCAGACCUCUGUACAGAUUGUUGUUUUUUUUCUCUUUUUUUAUUUGUUUUGUUUUCUUCUUCUUCUUCUUCUGAGAAGGAAAUAAAAUCAGCUGGAACUGAAAUGUG